AUGGGUGCUAGACCUGCCUAUGAGAGGAUUCUCAAUGAGUCCCAGGUUUAUGAGCAACUUCCGGAUGAGAUUGCGGCUCUCAUUCGCACAGCUUCUGGGACUCAAUACCUGAAUGCACUUGCGGUUGGCGCAUCAAGGCCUGAAUGUACAGAAGGUUUCUUUUGCAUAUAUGAACCGAUAUUUGUCGAUCUGGCAGCACAGUGGCUUUUAUCCGACACUCAUCUUAAUCAGAUCGACGUUCUCUGCGCAUUUGCACGAAUCCUACCCUUUGCUCCGUAUCUUCGAUCUUUUGCAAGCCAAUACGCGACGUCUCGGGCUGGACCUUUGUCGGCUUUGGCUGCGUCUGACGAGCAAGCACUAAUACAGCUGGAUGAUUAUACGACCCGUACUCUACUUUUAGCAGUUUUCAGGCUUCUUUCGUAUGAUUUGGAAGUCUUCUCUAAUGCCGUAUCACCGUCACGACUCCAGCUCUUCUUCCGACAUCGAAAUCCAUCCGUGCGAUACCUCGCUGUGCGAUGCUUUGCUUUAUAUAUGCGCGCAGCCGAUGCCGCGACAGAGAAGCUAAUUCGGGCAAAUAUUGCAGACGAUGUUUUUGAGGGUGAUUGGGAAGGCAUCAUAAUUGAUUAUCGUUUUCUUGGUCUGUGGGAAGAACGCCGUUGGGAAAUUUUUGGGCAACGAGUCCAGAUUGCGAGAUCUAAUCGCUCCUACCUUGAGAGCUUAUCGCAGGUUGAGAGUCUACGAGAUUAUUUCACCACUCGGACAGCUGAGGUUUGUGGUGUUCUUAUACCACGACUGAAUGCCAAGCUACCUCCAUCAUCAUCCUCGAUGGUGAAAACGCCCACUGCUGUUGGAAAUCUUCGAAAAAUCGCGACAGGUCUAACUACAUCUAGGCCUCUACUGUUGAUUGGUUUGCCCAACUCAGGAAAGACUUCCUUAGUGAAUGAUAUCGCGGCUACAAUGGGCCAGUCGGAAUCAAUGGUUACACUUCAUCUGAACGAGCAAACCGAUGCCAAGAGCCUCCUUGGGAUGUAUUCAACAUCUCCAACCACAGGCUCAUUUGCAUGGCAACCUGGUGUCUUAACAAAAGCCGCGAGGGAAGGUCGCUGGAUCUUAAUUGAAGACUUAGAUCGCGCUCCUUCUGAAGUCAUUGCUCUUAUUCUCCCUAUAAUAGAGAAAGGGGAACUGACCAUAGCUAGUAGGAAGGAACGGAUAAAAUGUGCGGAGGGUUUUAAGAUCAUUGCAACCAUGAAGUCUUCUUACAAUAUUGCUGGCGAAGAGGUUGCCCCAAACACAACUAUUUUGGGAAGCAGACUGUGGCAAAGGGUGCAGGUAGAUUCCCUCUCCAUUGAGGAAAUUCGAGAGGUUAUUUUGCAAAAAUUCCCUCUUCUUAAGUCUCGGAUCCAGACCAUCAUGAGUGUCUUCCAAAAUCUUUGUUCUUCUUUCCAUGGAAGCCUCGCAAUUAAAAGUUCUCAGGGGCGGACACCAGGCCUUCGUGACCUUAUCAAGCUUUGCAGCCGAAUGCAUAAGCGAUUACAGCACCUAGGUGUAAAGUCCGGCUACGAAGCUACUCCAGAAGGCGCUGAUGACGAAAUAUUUCUGGACUUCGUGGAUAUCUUUCUCCGCUACAUCCCCGAAAAGUCUCUAGCAGAUUCCCUUGCCUUGGUAAUUGCAGCAGCGCUCCAAAUAUCACCUCAGAGAGCACACUUCUGUCUUCAUGAACGAAUCCCUGCGUAUUCAGACCAGGGUAAUAGCCUAGUACUUGGAAGAGAGAUUUGUCGGAAAAUCAAGGUACGCGGCGGAUCAAUAUCAAAACUAGACUCUGCUUCAUCUCGUUUCGCUUCCACAAGAGCUGCUGUAUGCCUCAUGGAGCAAGUUGCUGCAGCAGUGCAAAUGGCAGAGCCCGUUCUUCUUGUCGGAGAGACUGGGAUUGGGAAAACUACAGUAAUCCAGCAAUUGGCUACUUUGAUGCGGCAAAAGCUUACGGUGGUGAAUCUGUCUCAACAAAGCGAAAGCUCUGAUCUUUUAGGGGGCUACAAGCCCGUCAAUAUUCGCACUAUGGCUGUUCCCAUGCUUGAUGAAUUUAAUGCCGCGUUCGAGUUAACAUUUUCGGCCAAAAAAAACCAGAAAUUCCUUUCAUCAGUUGCAAAAAGUGUUACCACAGGAAAUUGGGUGCGCUUGGUAACGCUCUGGCAUGAAGCUGUUCGGCUAGCCGAUGGCGUUUUCAAUUCAGAUCAUAGCCCAUCGCAAAAACGAGCGCGUGGAGAAGAACAGCCAACAAAGAAGAGGAAGGUAGAUUCGCCGAAAUAUCAACAGCUGCGGCAACGAUGGGAAAGGUUUGCUGUACAGCUGAAUGAUUUCGAGGCUCAAGUUUCACAGGGUGAUGCCAAAUUCACCUUUGCUUUCGUCCAGGGAAAAAUUGUCAGAGCGUUACGGAACGGUGAAUGGGUUCUCCUUGAUGAGGUGAACCUCGCCUCUCCGGACACCCUAGAGAACAUUGCCAGCCUUUUGCAUCACGGUAGUGACGGUACACCUUCUGUUCUACUCUCUGAAGCUGGAGAUGUGGAACGGGUUUUUGGGCACCCUGACUUCCGUAUAUUCGGUGCGAUGAACCCGGCAACAGAUGCGGGAAAAAAGGACCUGCCCCCUGGCCUUCGCUCUCGGUUUACUGAAGUUUAUGUACAUUCUCCAGAUAAUGAGCUCGAAGAUCUACUAUCGUUGAUUCAAAAAUACCUUGGUGAUCUAGCAUUGAGCGAUUCGAGAAUCGUAUCAGAUUUAGCACACCUUUACAUGGAAACGAAAAAACUCAGCAAUGAAAAUAAGCUCACGGACGGAGCUGGACAACGUCCACACUUCAGCAUAAGAACGCUCGUCCGUGCUCUUAUCUAUGUAACUGACCAUGCACACGUAUACGGUUUGCGCCGAGCUGUCUUCGAAGGAUUUUCCAUGAGUUUCUUGACAGUUUUAAGUCAAGAAUCGGAGAGACUUUUGACGCCUCUUCUUGAGUGGCACAUAUUUAGCAGUACAAAGAACGCUAGAGCACUUCUUGGGCAAACCCCAAAGCCUCCCAAUGAUGGGUAUGCUUAUGUGCAGUUUAAACAUUACUGGAUGCGACAAGGAAAUUCUAUGCCGGAAGAACAGCCUCACUAUAUAAUAACUCCUUUCAUUGAAAAAAACCUCAAGAAUCUAGUUAGAGCAAGCUCAACUCGCCGAUUCCCAGUUCUGUUGCAGGGUCCGACCUCUGCGGGCAAAACGAGCAUGAUUGAAUAUCUCGCCAAGGUCUCCGGAAACAAAUUUGUUCGGAUCAACAAUCACGAGCAUACAGACCUCCAAGAAUACCUAGGGUCAUAUGUUUCCGAUGAGGACGGAACUCUUCGCUAUCAGGAAGGUAUCAUGGUAGAAGCGCUCAGAAACGGAUACUGGAUUGUCCUCGAUGAGCUUAACUUGGCUCCGUCGGAUGUUUUAGAAGCGCUGAAUAGACUCCUGGACGACAAUCGCGAGCUAUUCAUACCAGAAACUCAAGAAGUGGUUCUCCCACAUCCGAACUUCAUGCUGUUCGCGACACAAAACCCAGCGGGUCUGUAUGGUGGCCGGAAGGUGUUAUCCCGCGCUUUUCGUAACCGUUUCCUUGAGCUUCAUUUUGACGACAUCCCAGAGAGUGAACUAGAAUUUAUUCUGAAAGAGCGCUCCCAAAUUGCGCCUUCGUUCUGUACCCGAAUAGUCUCGGUGUAUCGGAAGCUAUCUUUAUUACGCCAAGCAAAUAGGCUUUUUGAGCAAAAGAACAGCUUUGCCACUCUACGUGAUCUUUUCCGAUGGGCGCUCCGACAAGCAGACGAUCGUGAACAGUUAGCAAUCAACGGCUUCAUGUUGCUUGCAGAGCGUGUUAGGAAUCCUCAAGAGCGGGCAGCUGUGAAGAGCGUGAUUGAGGAGGUCAUGAAAGUUCGCAUUGAUGAAGACGUGGUGUUUAGCUCUUCCGAGUUGGAGAAGCGCGCUCCUCUCUUAAAUAAGCUUGCUCCUGGGAUCGUUUGGACAAAAGCAAUGCGCAGGUUAUUUAUUCUAGUAUCGGCUGCACUGGAAAAUAACGAGCCCGUUCUGCUUGUCGGAGAAACUGGUUGUGGAAAGACUCAACUUUGUCAAGCAGUCGCAGAGGCCUAUAAAAAGCAAUUGCUCAUCGUUAAUGCCCAUGUGAAUUUGGAGACAGGUGAUCUCAUAGGAGCUCAAAGGCCCGUCAGGAACAGAUCAGCCAUUGAACAACAACUGUUGGUCGAUCUUCAGUCAAUUAAUGCAGAAAAUGUUGGUUCGAGCUCACUUGAAGAACUAAAACAGGCUUUUAGCGCAAUGAGUGCAGACGAGAAGAAAGCACACAAUCCUGAAUUAAUCCGCCAAAUCGAGAAGAAUAUCGGCCGCACGAAUGCUCUAUUUGAAUGGUCUGAUGGAAGCUUGAUUACUGCGAUGAGAACGGGGCAGUUCUUCCUGUUAGAUGAAAUAUCACUGGCCGACGAUUCGGUUUUGGAAAGACUGAACAGCGUUUUAGAGCCUCAUAGGUCAAUCCUUCUUGCAGAAAAGGGACCAGUCGAUUCAAUGGUGGUCGCGAGCGAUGGAUUUCAGUUUCUCUCUACAAUGAAUCCAGGAGGGGACUAUGGCAAGCGUGAGCUCUCGGCGGCCCUUCGAAACCGAAUGACUGAGAUAUGGGCACCGCAACUCUCUGAAGAUGACGACAUUUUGCCCAUUCUUCAGAUGAAGCUGGCGUUGAAGUCAGAAAAAGUCCCGAAAGCUAUGCUGCAAUUUGCAAAGUGGUUCAAGUGGACGUUCCAGAAUUCUUCAGCCGAAACACUUUCCAUCCGUGACCUCCUUGCGUGGGUCGAUUUUGUCAAUAAAUGCCACGUUAUAGAUCCUUUAUUUGCAAUAGUACAAGGGGCGGCAAUGGUAUUCAUAGACACUUUAGGUGCGAACCCAGCAGCGAUGCUUGCAACAACGCUGCACAAUCUUGAAGAAAACCGGCAACGAUGUCUUGCUAAGCUUCAAGAGCUGUUCGAUGUCGACGCUGCUGGCAUUUAUUGCCAACAGUCGACUAUUGAUGUUGAGAGUGGCUCUCUACGCGUAGGGCCCUUUGUUCUUGGUAUAAAUGGUCCCGCAACGCCAGAUCCAGAGUUUAUAAUGGAUGCUCCCACCACAAUUGCCAAUUCAGUGAGGAUUGCACGUGGUUUACAGUUACCAAAACCCAUUCUUCUUGAAGGUAGCCCAGGUGUCGGAAAAACCACGCUAGUGACUGCUCUCGCCAAAGCGUUGGGAAAGCCUCUUACUCGGAUUAAUCUUUCUGAACAAACAGAUCUUACAGAUCUAUUCGGUUCCGAUGUCCCAGUGGAAGGUGGUGAUGUUGGCCAAUUCACUUGGCGUGAUGCCCCCUUUUUACAAGCAAUGCAGCGCGGUGAUUGGGUUCUUUUGGAUGAAAUGAAUCUUGCCUCUCAAUCAGUUCUUGAAGGGUUGAAUGCUUGCUUGGAUCAUCGUCAAAUGGUUUACGUCGCAGAGCUUGAUCAAACAUUCAAAAGGCAUCCAGAUUUUGUGCUAUUUGCUGCACAAAACCCACAUCACCAAGGUGGUGGGAGAAAGGGGCUUCCUGCUUCUUUUGUCAACAGGUUCACGGUAGUAUAUGCCGAUAGCUUCACUAAAAGUGAUCUGAAAAGGAUAUGCACGAAUCUUUUCCCUAGAAGUCCUUCCUCGCAAACCGAUGCUCUAGUUGAUUUUGUUUCAAGAUUGAAUACAGCCAUUGUGGAAGAGCGAAGACUAGGAUCUGUUGGGGGUCCAUGGGAAGUCAAUCUUCGAGACAUUCAAAGAUGGCUCCAGUUAGCAGACCGUGGAAGCUUACAGAUCCCGGCAGUAAACUUCCUUGAUGUUAUCAUAUCCCAAAGGUUUAGAUCUCAAGAAGACCGGCAUUUGGUUGCUCGUAUUUAUGAACAAGUUUUCGGGGUUAGCCAGGAAGCAGCCCAGAGUUACUACCACAACCUUACACCAGACUAUAUGCAAGUUGGAUUUGGAAUGAUGCAGAGGAAUCCAUCUCUCCAGCAAACCCCAGAACCACAGAUGAAGAUACUUCCAAGAGAUCUUCCGGUUCUUGAAUCCCUCAUGCUAUGCAUAGAGCAAUCUUGGCCUAGUAUUCUCGUGGGAUCCUCGGGCUGUGGUAAGACCACUCUCAUCCGAAAGCUCGCUGCUGUGAACGGUGCUAGUCUCGUUGAGCUAGCUUUAAGCGCUGAUACUGAUACAAUGGACCUGAUCGGUGGCUUUGAACAAAUUGACUACAAGAGGGAGGUAUCGUCUCUUUUGGAAGAAGUUUCUCUGCUCCUUCGACAAUACAUUAUAUCCAUGUACUCUUCGUGGGGUGAUUUUAAUGAAGACACCACGUUUCUUCGGCUAUUUGAAAGAUUACAAUGUCCUGAAGCAUCAUUAGAUACAAUCUGUAUAUCACUCACAGCACUUGUCCGGCUCCAUCCUGAGAAGUCACUUGAACGUCUUCUCCUUCAAGCUCAGGACAUAUUGGAAAGGUCGAAGCAGUCAGAUAAAAUGAAGGUCGGCUUCGAAUGGACAGAGGGCAUGUUAACGCAGGCCGUUCAAUAUGGGCAUUGGGUUGUCCUUGACAAUGCUAAUCUAUGCAACCCAUCUGUUCUAGACAGAUUAAACUCAUUGGCUGAACCAAACGGGGUCCUUAUACUCAAUGAGCAACGUACUGAGGAUGGAUCUGCUCGUGUUAUCAAGCCUCAUCCAAACUUCAGGCUGUUUUUAACAGUUGACCCCCGUCAUGGAGAGCUGUCCCGUGCCAUGCGAAAUCGAUGCGUUGAGAUCUGCUUCUUGCCCCAAGAAGACGGCAUCAUAGCGAACACAUUUACUCCUUCUUAUACAUGUCAAUCCUUUUUAUAUCGCCUCCGAUCUGUUUGGAAUUUCGACUCUGCGACAACGACUGAAAACAUUUCGCCUCUUCUCUAUGAAGUCUGUGUUGACCAUCUUUCAACCGUCGAUCUUGCAUAUCUUCAACGAUCUCUGGAAUUCUUUCUGCCAUAUUGUUCCAAUCCCGUGAAAGACCUACUUACUUCGACGCUGUCUCAAUAUGUGUCCGUUGUGCUCGAUAAUACGGACUGGAAGCCUCUCAGUUGUACUGGCACGGUUGCACUAGGGGGUGCUUCUCUUGCUAUCCAGGGGCCGUCACAACCUUUCCAUCCUCUUGUAAAUGAACCACUGGCUUCAGUCUUGAGAAAGGGCUUAUCCUUCGCAUCGCUUAUAAUCCUGGCACAUUUACAAGAUUGCAAACUGGACUUGUAUCGCUUGAGGCAGGAUUUACAACGGGCGGACGAAUCGGGGAAACGUCUCAAACCAAGCCAAAUGAGCCGACUAGAACGGUCACUGGCUUCUAGACGUAUACCUUCCCUGAUGAAAGAUUCAACUCAGCCUGCUGGCUCUUUCCUAUCGGAUUGUGGACAGGCAGUAUACGAAUUCAUACAGGGCUUGGAUCAUGACGCCCUUCACGCUCCCAAGCUUGUUCCCGCUCUUCGGGGAAUAAUCAAUUAUUCCGCCGAUGUUUUAAGACUCAUGGCGGCAAAUGAAGUGGAUGAAGGCGAAUUCCAGGUGUACCUACAGAUUGGAAGGGAGCUAUGUGCUUCGCUAGCAAACUCUUGGGCCCGAGCGGAACCAUUAGCUUUUGAAUUGUCUCAGGCUCUUAGCCGGUUCCAUGAGAACUGGUCGUUAAAGACCGGGCUCAGCAUGCAACGAAUGUGGGAAGAAUGGAGGCCUGCAACCCCUGGAACGCAAAAUAAACUAAAAUCCGUUCUGGAGCUCGAACGUGUGGCUUCGAAGUUCACCCAUAUUGCUGUCAUGACCCGUCUGGACUUGUCGAAAUUAAGUCGAGUGCGCGAUUCCCUUAUCAAUGCCCAGUACUCCAUCCUCUUAGACGGCGCGGACGAAGGACAGCUUGUGCAAGGUCUCAAACAGACAGUUACGGAACUGGCAAAUGUCACACAAAACUUCGAAGCAGUUCAAAACUUAUAUUUCGUGGACGAGUUUGAAGCUCUCUGCCAGUAUCAUGACAUAUCUUCUGUCUUUCGGGGCAAAGAAAGCGCAGAGCAGGUCAUCCGAUCUAUUCUUCCAUUACUAGCUGGCCGUGCUGCCCGGCCUCUAGAUGCUUCGAUAUCUCAGACUCAUGUUCCCAAUAUCCUCCACAGACUGUCGUUGUUCGCAGGCUCGGAACGCUCUUCUGCAUUUGGUGCUGCUAUUAAUGGCACUUUCUCUCUGACUCUACUGGCAAAAUUGGCGUUUGUUGAUCUCACGAGCUUAGGUCAAAUGGAUGCCCUAGAGGUAGAAAAACAAACUCUUUCGAAGAGUUUAAGUUUGUCAUCUCAUGAGAUUGCCAUUGAUCAAUAUAAGUCCCUUAGGCAAGUGCUAUCAAGACUUGCUCUAGAGCUUGUGAUCAUACAUAGAGAGUUCUUUGAGCCACAGUCAUUUGAGCAAUUAGUUGCUGCUCUCAACACAGUUAUGGAGCAAGGCACCUUUAACGGCGCCCAAGUCCUCGAGGUCCACUUGGAAAAAGGGUUGCCGAAUGACCAUUACUUUAAAUACUUCGCGGAAAGAGCACUUCCAAACGUCGUGGCCUCUCUAAUGACGCAUUCAGUGCACAAAGAGUAUGCUGGAAGCACAGGAGCUGCUGCUGUCCUAUUAGCUGUCACUCUUCUGCGACUCUUCGUCCCAGACAAACCAUUCGAUCCCUCUUUAAGCUUAGUUGUUCAACAGAGAAGGCAUGCACAACGUACUUCGGAACUUAGUAUGAAAGCUGAAGCUAUUUCAUCAUAUGAACUUGGCUUUUCCGGUCAGUCUUCAAAUAUGCGAUACGAGAUCCUACAAGAACAACUGCGCGACCUGGGCUCAGCACCUCCCCCUUCGUCUAUUACCCGGCCCCAAAUUUCAGAGUUAGGUAUUCUGCAUGGAGAGUUGUCGAGCUUAGUGAGAUCGGUUCUCGACAGACACCCGGAGAACAUCAUAAACGCUCCGAUUGAGAAAGCGUCCGAGGAACUGGUGAAUUUAAUCCGUGACAACAUUCGCCAGCUAAGUCAACGCCUGAGUGAGAAUUACAGAUCUUAUGACGACUUAACUACCCCAAUUGUUCGCUUCCUCCAAAUUCUAGACCUAGGACUCGUCCUGGUCUCCAACAGGUUCCAGCAGAGAAAUGAAAUGCAGAUAGUGAAGACGGUCAGCGACAGAACGCCAUUUCUUGGAGGCCGUCUUCAUCCCAUUUCAGCUUUCGGUCAUCAAACAUUUGAUACUAAUCCAAAACGUGCCGUUGAGUUGUGGUUUCACGAAUUGUCCUCACUGCAAGUUGCAGGGAAUGCAGACGCUACGGUUCUUUCUACUCAAGCAGGACACAAAGCUCUUCGCCAACUAUUCGAGCAAUUCCAUGUGUUGUGGAAAGUAAAAUUGCGAGAGGAUCAAGAAGAGGAGGCGCAGAAGUCAGAAUUAUACCAUUACCGAGGAUCUUGGGAAGAUAGUGAGGAGGUUGAUGAGAAGGAACUACAUCAGCUCUUCCCUACAUAUGAUGACGACUCUGCAGAAGAGGGGGAAAAGACAACCAGUAUUGACCCAAAGGCUAUGUCUAUCCGGCUUGCCUCCCUUCACUCAAAACUCUUUCAAUCCGAAGAUCCUGCGGGAGUUUUAUCAACUUAUGUCAAGCAGUCUGCUACAUUGCUAGGUUCAAUCUGGUCGCAAAAAGAUGGUUGCACUUCACAAGUUCAUCCUAAGGAGCAUUUAUCUGGCAUUCUCUUGUUGCUAGAGGAUUCCAUCAACAAGACUCCAGGAACAGGGAACAAUUACAACUUCUAUACGGAUGCUAACAUAGGCGAGGCAAGAAGACUUUGUGCUUUGACGUUGUCGGUACAGUCUCGUUUCAUCCAAAUCCAAAGGUCUUGGCCAGAUCAUGCCGUUCUUGAGGAUGUCAUCCAGUGCUGUAAGGAGAUCCUUCAGUUCAAACACAGUGAACCCGUUGCGAAGUUCAUCACGAAAGUUGAAAAGUUACACUCUCUAGUACAUGAGUGGCAACUUGUUGCAAGCAAAGAGUACUCAGCAGCUUCUCUGUACGAUGAGAUCACAAGCUUGACUAUCAGUUGGCGGCGACUCGAAUUGUCUACUUGGGCAAAACUUCUGGAGAUCGAAAAAGAGAAAUGCGAGCAAGAUGUGGGCACAUGGUGGUUUGUUGCAUAUGAGGCGAUCUUUGGUGCGCCAGUCCAAAUUGCAGAAUCAGGGCAAACAGACUUGAACGAUCACAUUCUUGAGGUCAUCUCAACACUGGAAAAAUUCUUCCACUCGACCACUUUGGGGCAGUAUAGUGCGCGUCUCCAACUCGUCAAAGACUUCCGAUCCCUACUGUUGCUCUACACCCAAGAUCUGCCACCCCUGGAGAAGCUUGUAUCAGCUUUGGACAACUUCAUUCAACACUACACACAGUAUGAGCCUGUGGUGCACAAGCUUUUGAGUGAGAAAAGAGCAGCACUUGAAAGGGAUAUCAAGGAACAAAUUCAGUUAGCCAGCUGGAAAGACACAAACAUUGUUGCUCUCAAAGAAAGUGCCCGGCGAUCGCACUUCAAAUUGUUCAAACUGGUACGGAAAUAUCGGGAUAUGUUAGCUCAGCCUGUUCAGCAUAUCUUAGAACAAGACAUGCCAGAUGAUAAUGAAGAGCCCAACUGUACCAUUGAAGGAUCGACAUUAUCCUCUGCAAGCUUUCCAGGGUCUAUUGGCGUAUGUCAGAAGGCUGAGAACGUCUGGCUAAAGAGGCCGCCAAGGUUCAGGGAUCCUGAGGGUACAGUACGCAACAUGACACAUAUGUAUGUGUCGAAUUCCACCGAGUUUGAUGUUUCUGGAGAUCUCGAAAGCUUCGUGAAGUUUGUCGUUGAGAGUAUUAAGGAGUUCAAAUCACAAACACCAAAUGUCUUGACUGAAGAAAAUAAAGAUACUGUUCAGCAUCUCAAAGUCCAAAAACGACGCUUUUACGCGGAUACUCUGCGACGAGUACUGGAGAUGGGUAUUAAGCGCAAUGCUAGCACUAACUUAAUGGAGUCACAAGCAUCUGUUGCACAAGUUCUAGCCACUAGUCCAGCUUUGGAAAGCGUGACUCAGGUUGCUGGCAUUUCUAAAAGCUCCGAUCUGUAUUUCCACAGACUUUUAGACCUGCUUCCUCGAAUUCGCGAAGCAUCACGCAAUUACUCUGAAGACCUCAGCAAUGUUGAAGUCUCAAGGAGUUCGGGCUCUCUGGAGCAUCUAUUGUUUUUGAUUCGAAGGCAAAGGGCUAUUAUCUCCCCAGCAAUUUCGGGGUUACAUACGCUUCAGUUGACGCUUAUCAAAGCCGCAAAUCUCUGGGAUCUAGGAUCGGCAUCGGUCUUCAGGACACAUCAAGAAUUUUCGGACGAAAAACAAGCCGUAUCAAGAGCUGUAUCCUGGCUAACACCUAUACUUGGAUUAGCCGCUACAAUUGUGGAGCUUCAUUCCAAGUUCUCUGGCACCGACUCACUGGGUAUCUCCAAUGGCUUGCGUUCCUGGAAAGAAACCUUUGACUGCCUAGGAAAGUCUCUUCGCAGUCUCCCAGCGACACCACAAGGCGUUUCCUCACAGUCACAUAAAAAGACAUUAGACGAGGCAUCAUCCUCCUUCACCGCACUAAAUUAUCAGAUUGCACAAUGGACACAGGUCCGCCCUGACCUCUCCUUUGCCUUGGCCCAGAUAACUCCUUGGAUCGAUAUUAAACCUCAGGCGUUCGAGUGGAAACACACUGGCAAUGGUUUAGCUAUUGGGGAUUUCGAUGGACGUCUCCUCGCCGCAGUUGACAAGAUCCUUAUCAGCCUUCAGAAACUCAAGGAGGUACCAUCGUUGGUCGCAUCUCCUGGCUUAUUGUCACGAAGUGAUGAUUUUUUCAGUAGGGCAGUAAAGGCCAUUCAUCUAGCUGACGUCAAUUCUUCCUUGGACUCCGUUUUGGAAACCCUUCAACAUCUCCAGGCAGAUGGGGAUUCCAGCAUUCCCUUCGCAGUAGCAUUGAUAGCCAGUUUACUGCCCAUCAUGAACAAAUAUUACUACAUAUGCCAAGAUAUUCUGAACCGCUUCCUUACGGUUCACCAAGCAACGUGCAAAAUGUCAUAUGUUCUUGCCAAAUCAUUCACUAAGAUAGCAUCGGAGGGAUUCUGCAGCCCCGCCGAUGCGUCUACGGAUGAGGGCAAGUCUAGGCAGUUAGAGGGUGGAACCGGUCUUGGCGAUGGAGAAGGAGCUGAAGACAUCAGUAAAGAUGUUGAGCAAGAUGAAGACUUAUCUGAACUAGCUCAACAACAGAACGAAAAACCGAAAGAAGAUAUGGAUGAAUCAGCGGACGCAGUGAACAUGGACCAGGAGGACUUGGAAGGGGACGAAGGUGAACACAAAGAAGAUGAUGAUCAAGAAAAGGGGGAAAGUGAUGAGGAAUCAGAUGGUGAUAUCGACGAGGAAGUGGGCAGCGUUGAUGAUCUUGAUGCCUCAGCAGUAGAUGAAAAGAUGUGGGAUGGCGCUCAUGACGAACAGCAAAAGGAGACUGAAAAUGAGCAAGGUAAAGGUGUGUCCGAGUCUGACGAGCAGACUGCUGCGCAAGAGGAGAAAAAGGACAACAAGGGCGACGAGAAAAAAGAAGGCGAAGGCGACGAAGAGGAAGAGGAAGAUGAGGAAGAAACUCCUGAUGAGGAGGGUGAAGCGGUUGGUCGUGAAGACAUGGAGAUCACAGAUCCUCAUGCGAAGGAAGAAGAUGCCCUCGACCUCCCAGAAGAAAUGCAACUUGACGGCGACGAAAAGGGGGAUGAAGAGGGCUCUGAGAGUGAUGACGGACUCGAUGAUGGCCUGUCAGACAGCGGACCUGCUGCAGAAGAGGAACAGCAAUUCGAUGGACAAGAAGAUACUCUCGAUAAUGAUGGUAUGGAGCAGGCCGGAGAAGAAGAGCUGGAGAUUGAUCAGGCAGAAGAAGCCAACGAGAACGACAAUAUGGCUGAUGCUGAACCUGAAGGCGACGAAGAAGAGGACGCGCCUGGAGAAGAGCCAGAAGAAACACAGACAGAUGAUCUCCUAAUCCAGCGUGAUGAGAACGAAAAUGCCGAGGAAGAGCUGGCACCUAGCGAAGCUGUUAAUGGUGGUUUGGGUGCUGACCAAGACCAGAAUCAAGAGAAGGGUGCAUCUGGCAAUGCACAACAAGAAAACGGCUCAAGCGAUCAAUCUGCUGACAAGCAGCAAACCGGUGCUUCCAAAGAAGGAGACGACAAUGAGCGACAUAGAGAUGCAGGGGGUGCGGACGAUUCAAACCCCGAUGACCCUCAAGUACAAGCGUUCCAAAAGUUGGGCGACAUCCUUGAUGAAUGGCAUCGCCGGCAGAAAGAAAUAAAGGAUUCCUCAAAACUUAAAGAGGACAAGACUCAGAAUCCUCUGCCCGAGGAUGCGGACAUGGCAGAUGCGGAUUUCGAGCAUCUGGCUGACCAAGAUGAUGUUGCUGAUACUCAGGCCCUUGGCCAAGCGAACGAGGAGCAAGCAAAAGCUCUCGAUCAAAACAAGGGUGUGGAGUCGGACAUCAAACCUAAUGACAACGAACAGAUCCCGGACGCUCCAGAUGAGCGUCAAGAUAUUCCGGACAACAAGCUGGAAGAUGAUAUGCAGCUGGACCAGGGUCCUGCACCUUCUGAUGGGCAAUCCGCAGGAGCGUUGAUUCCCGGUAGCUCCCAUGCACAAGAACGCACUACUGAGGCUCUUGAUCAGCAAGAAGCAGAAGAACUAGAUGAGGUCGACGCACACCUAGCAGCGAUUCACCUAUCAUCCACACUUCCGCCUCUUACUCCAAGGGACGAGGCUCAACGACUCUGGUCGCACUAUGAGUCCGUCACCAAUGAUCUUUCUCUUUCCCUCACGGAACAACUCCGUCUCAUCUUAGCGCCGACGCUUGCGACGAAGCUGCGUGGCGAUUUCCGAACUGGUAAGCGUCUGAAUAUUAAACGCAUUAUUCCGUACAUUGCGUCGCAAUACAAACGAGACAAGAUAUGGAUGCGACGAUCCAUACCCUCCAAACGCAAUUAUCAAAUCAUGCUUGCCGUCGACGACAGCAAAUCCAUGCUAGAGAGCGGUAGUGGCCAACUUGCGUUUGAAACUCUGGCACUUGUUUCCAAGAGUCUGAGCAUGCUAGAAGCUGGUGAUCUAUGUGUUCUCGGCUUCGGCAGCGAGGAUCACGUCCGAGUUGCGCAUGAAUUUGGCAAACCAUUCUCUUCAGAAGCUGGGGUGCAGGUGUUCCAGCACUUUAGUUAUCAGCAAACCGGUACCAACGUGAGGAAAUUGAUAGCUGACUCCAUUGCUUUAUUCCGAGAAGCUCGCUGGAAGCAAACCCCAGGAGGAGGGAACGCCGAUCUUUGGCAGUUGGAACUUAUAAUAUCGGAUGGUAUUUGUGAAGACCAUGACACGAUCAGACACCUUGUACGCCAGGCUCAGGAAGAGCGUAUCAUGAUUGUGUUCAUCAUUGUUGAUGCUGUGAAGGGCAGCUCGAUCCUGGACCUCAGCCAGGCAAGCUUCGAGCCCGAUAUUGAAAAUGGAACUGGGGGGAUGAAGUUGAAAAUGAAACGUUAUCUAGAAGGAUUUCCCUUCCCUUAUUAUUUGGUUGUGCGUGAUGUUAGGGAGUUACCGGCUGUUUUGGCUACGGCGUUGAAGCAAUGGUUUGCAGAGGUUGUUGAUGUCUCUUCUUGA